CCUGGCAGAUAUAUAGCAGCUCUCUCAUCCCUGACUUCAGCACAAGUGUUUAAUCCACACUUUCCAUUGCGACUCAGAAGCACAAGAAGACACACCAGACACUCGCUGGGAUUUUACAUAGAAAGGAAGCAGAAUGAAGCUGACUUUGGUGAUUCUCUGCCUCCUCGGAGCUGCCAGUGCAAAUCCAAUUUUGCAUAGCGUUGCCAUGGAGACAACAGAUGCUGCGUCAAACUCUACCUCCUCGAUGUCGGAAUCUACUGAAGAAAUCAACGCUGUAGACCAAGAUAGCUCACAGGAAAAUACUUCUGAGGACACGACCUCAGAAUCUGCGGAGUCCAGCUCUUCUGAGCAGACUUCAGAAAAAAGCCAAAGCCACUCUCUGGAAGAACGGUUUGCCACUGGAGAGACUGGAACAACAGUCGAUGACAGCCAAGGAAGCAACGAGAACAUGCGCAAGAAUUGGAUCCGUAUCUUUAGCCCCCAGGAGAUCAGUUCUGAAGACAACAGCACAUCAGUCAGCAUGGCGUUAGUUAGCAGUGAGAACAGCAAAUCUGCCGAAAUCCAAGAGAACAGUUCCAAGAGCAUCAGCAGCAGUAGCGAGAGCAGUGAGUCUACAGAGAGCAGUGAAAGCAGUGAGAGCAGUGAGCUCACUGAAAACCUAGAGAAGAACUCCAACAGCAGCAGCGAAAGCAGCGAGUCGAUCGAGAGCCAAGAGAGCAACUCCAACAGCAGCAGCAGCAGCAGCAGCAGCAGCAGCGAGAGCAACAGUGCCGAGUCGAAUGAAAAUCAGCCGAAAGCUUCUGACAGCAGCAGCGAGAGCAACAGUGUCGAGAACAGCGCCAUGAAAAGCAGCAACAGCUCCAGCAGCGAGAGUCACGAGUCCACCGAGUCUGCUGAGUCGACCAAGAGCAAGCAGAGCAACUCAAAUGAGUGCCAGCCAGGAGCCGCCUGUGACAGUGCCAGCGACAGCACCAGCGACGAAUACGACCUCCAGAGCGUCGGAGACGACGGCGCCAGCGACCCAUUUAACAGCUUCCACGUGCCUGACAGCACUGAGCACGAGGUCGCGUUCAGGAGAUGACCGAACACACCCUGACAUUCUGAUUAUUACUCUAGGUAGUGGUAGUGACUCUGUUCUGAAAUGUGCAGUGGUGGAAAUCCCAAGAGAGAAAUAUCAUCACGAUAAUUACAGCAUUAAAAGGUGCAGGCCUCUUUAUUAACACCAAAGAUUUAUGUUUCUAUCUAAAAUA